AUGUGGCCGGCGCCUGGCAGGGGCUGCUUAGCCCGGGUCCUCCUCCUGGUCACUGGGCACAGCCGGCCUGGAGCGUCGGCCUCUGCCCGUGAGCAGGCCGGGAGUCACUCCCCCCCUCCUGUUCCGGGAUGCGUGACCAUCUCCACCUCAGUUUCCGAGGAAGGAAGUCAACUAAAUAUCUCGUCCAUGGUGACGGAGAGAGAAACGAUAGAGGGGCUGACCGUGUUUUUGUGCAAGAACCGCCCUUCAAACUGUUCUGAGACCAGCUUGCAGCAACUGCACCCUAAACGGGACCCAGGGGAGGAGGCCAAAGGGACCUACCAAUGUGGUUCCAGGAGUGCCAGCCCGGACCUCCGUCUCCAAGGCCACUUUUUCUCCAUUUGUUACAGGUGA